AUGAAGGUCCUCUCCAUCUUCGGCAGCGCUGUUGUCGCCGCUUCCGCCCUCCUCUCCUUCAUCCCCUCCACCGCCGCCCACAUGGCCAUGUCCAACCCUCCCGGUCAGGCCGGUCCCUGGACCAAGAACCAGAGCAGCCAGGUCCACGCCUUCAUUGGCUUCAAGGGCAAGAAGUUCCCUUGCGGUGGCUACCCCAAGGGACCCGUGACCCAGUACAGAGCUGGUCAGACCAUCAACGUCCGCUUCUGGGUCUAUGGUGUUCCCAGCUGGACAAAGUUCCCCCCUAAGGGCGGUCUUAACACUGCUCGCCACGGUGGUGGAGCCUGCGAGUUCUCGCUCUCGUACGAUGGUGGAAAGUCCUGGAAGGUUAUUGGACAGUACACAAAGACCUGUCCCGAUGUCUACUACGAGUGGCCCGUCCAAAUCCCCAAGAACGUCCCCUCGUGCAAUGACUCGAACAAGUGCCUGUUCGCCUGGUCCUGGACUGCCUAUGCCACGAACCAGUUCUACCACCACUGCGCCAACAUCCAGAUCACCAACGGUAGCGCCAAGGGCCGUCUCCCCGAGCUCGACAUGACCAUUGUCGAUGUCCCCGGCCGCAAUGUCAACCAGAGAACCCAUGCCCGUGGUGAUGGCAAGGGUGGCAAGUCCUCCGGCCCCAACAAGGAUGAGCGUGCUCGCUCCACCAACGGCUUCUACGCCUACGGUGGCAAGGCUGGCAAGAAGGGUAUCGACCUCGGCCUCGUCAAAAACUAA